AUUUUAAAGGAUUUUUAAGGAUAAAGUUUUCAUUGAAUCAUAUUACUUAUUUUUUUCUUAUUUUUUACCAAAAUCUCGAGAGAUGCACUUGGUAAAUGGUCUUGUACAUGUUCAUUUAUAAAUGUUGUACUGUACUUUAAAUUGCAUACUUAUCAAUUGAGACAUAUUUAUUAGAGCAUAAAUUAUGCGCUUUUACUGUUUAUGUGAAUGUUGUCUGUCAUGUUUAAACAUUUGUGAGAAUCAUAAAGUGAUCAUGGAGUGUAAGGAUAUUAUAUUGUUCCUACUAGCUUCUUGCUUGGUGAUCGCCAGUGUGGAUUCCUCCAGGAUAUUAUUUCUUCCUUUUGACCACUACAACCAUGUGAACUUACAUGCCAAAUUUGGAGAAAAACUUAUUUCUGAAGGACAUUAUGUGACCAUUCUGACAGCACCAAGGAUGAAGAGAAUUUUGGGAAAAUAUUCAAAGAUUGAAUGUUGGUACUAUAAUUUUGCAUCAUACUGGGAACAGGAUAACAUGGAAGAUAAAAUGACUGAAGUUGCGUUUGAUAUGGGAUUACUUGAUAAACUAAAAGCAAUGAAAGGAGUGAAAGAAAAAACUUAUGCUGAUCAAGAAAGGCUUCUCGCAGAUGAGGAAAUGACAGUAAGAAUUGCUCAUGCAAAGUUUGAUUUGAUGAUUUUAGAUGGGCUUUACAUGAACCGCAUUCAGUAUAUCAUACCCUACCGACAUGAUGUUCCAUUUAUAACUCUCGCACCUAUUCCUGAGCCAUGGCAUGCAGCUAUUCCUUCAUUACCCUCAUCAGAAGUACAUUUCUUUUUCCCAGGAUCUGAUCACAUGACCUUUAUGCAGCGAAUCAGCAGCUUUUUAUGCACUUUAGCUUUCUAUACCAUAACACCACCUAUAUCGCAUUCCUAUUUUGAAGAGUUAUUGAGAAAAUAUGCUCCUGAUAAGCCAUUGAUUUGUGUUGGUGAUUUACAUCGGAAAUCUGAGAUGUGGUUAGUCAUGAUGGAACACCAUGUAUUGGAAUAUCCCCUUCUGUCACACCCCGCUUAUAAGAUAAUAGGUGGGUUUGCAGCAAAGCAGGUUUCGCCAUUGACGGGAGAUCUUUCAUCAUUUGUUGGCCAGGCAAAUCAUGGAGUAAUACUUUUAACAUUUGGCUCAGGAAUUAAUUCAUUUCCUGAUCACAUAAUGUCAAAAUUGAUGGAGGCAUUUUCACAGAUAAAACAACAUGUAAUAAUGAGAUACAAAGGUAUUGCACCAUCAAAUAAACCUUCAAACGUGAUCUUAAUGGAAUGGGUGCCCCAGAAUGAUAUUUUAGGGCAUCCCAACACUAAACUAUUCAUCACACAUGGUGGUAACAGUGGCCAAUUAGAGAGUGUCGCCCAUGCUGUACCAAUGAUCACAUUUCCCAUAGGCUUAGAUCAGAUGCAUAAUGCUGAACGUGCAAAGGCUAGAGGCUAUGGCCUUGUUAUGGACUUCAAUACAUUCACACCUGAUGAACUUGUACAGAACAUAAAUGAAAUGAUUGACAAUAAAACAUAUAAGGAUAACCUUCUAAAAGCACAGGCGAUAUUAGAUGAUCUUCCCGAUCCGCUACAGGAAAUUGCAUUCUGGGUAAACCAUGUGCUGAAAUUUGGUGGUUCUCAUUUGAAACCAGUUGCACUGAACAUGCCUUGGUACCAGUGGUUAAUGAUCGAUAUUCUCUUAGUGGUUUUAUUGUUUGUUUAUAUUUUGUAUCAGAUGAUAAAGUACAGUUGUAGGCUAGUGUGGAAAACUUGCAGUUGGAAAACCAAGCAAAAGACUGAUUAGUAAAUAAAUGACUUUUUAUAAGAAACUUGGUAACAUUUAUAUGGAAAUGGACUCAUGUGUUGAAGAGGCUAACAUGAUUAUGAAUAAAAGAAAUGCUAAAACACCAUAAAACAAAUGAUAUGCUAUCAAAUUGUAGUUAAAAAGGUAAAAAACUACAAUUUUGUUAUGUCACACACACAAGUGGUGACAUAUUGCCGUAGUCUCCAACAUUUUCUGGAUAAUUUUAUUGUAUAUAGGUG